UGCCGCCUUGGACCGCCAGCAUAGCGAACCACCGGCCGGUUUCUCACAGAUCGCCGUCACUCAUUUCAGUCUCUCGUUAGCGUUUGCACACAAAUUCAGUAACUCACCACCGUCAACAAGCUCUCCGUCCAACCACACAACACCACACAACCCGUUCACAGUACUCAACAUGAUCUCCGCACUCAUCCUCUCAACCAUGCUCGGCAUAGUCGCAGCCCAGCAAGAUCACACCCUCACCGUUCCUCUAAUCGGCGGCGACGCAGACACAGUCGCCGCAUCCGUCGUUAGCGCCAACAGCGCUGCCACCACCCUCGCCCUGGCCUGCAUCUCCACCGAGUGCGGUCUGUUCCCCGCGCACACCCUCGUUGUCGGCCCUUCGACAUACAAUGUCGACAUGUCGGAUCCCAACACCGAUUUCACGGCAACCCAGGACUGUGUCAUCGCGUCCAGCAGCGCGGUGUGCAAGGAGACGGCGGGCGGCAGCGAGGCGAACUUCCCGGGCUCGAGUACUACCACGUAUGAGGGCACUGAGGUGGGAAGGUUGACGGUCACGGUUACAGCGGGCGAGGAGAAGCUGGCGUCGAUGGGGCCGGGUGUGAGUGAGUCGGCGGCGGCGUCGCAGACCAGCUCGCAAAGUGCGGCGGGGAGUGCGACGCCGAGUGUUACGCCUGCGCCGGGGUCGGGAAGUGCUACUGCGUCUUCUAGUGCGUCGAGGACGGGCUCGGCGGCUACGCAGGCUUCUACUGGUGGUGCGGUGGUGAAUGGUAUGCUGUUCGGAGGAGGAUUUGUUGGCGCUGCAGCGGGUGUGUUUGGUGGUCUGCUACUUUAGAGGUAUGUGGUGAGCAAUAGAUAUCUUUUGAUACUGCAAAGGUGAGGCCAAAGGGCCAUUGUACCAUACUGUAGACUAUAGAAAUAUAUCAUGAGUGCGAUCCAUCAAUGCGGAGCUUGCAUAACUCUUUGCCUUUUGUAAUUAUGGUGCUGAAUAUCUCCAUUUAGAUGCUUCGAUGUUUUGACGCCUGUAAAGAUGCAGCGACUUGACAUAGUUUCUUAUGCUCAUCUUUGACGCGAGUGAGCCUUUGAGUGGUCUCCCUUCACUUCAACAUAAUAGUUGGCGCGUUGACAC